UAUGGUGGAGGGCAUACAAAUAAAAGCAGAUAAGAACUUUAAUUGGUUAGUGUACUAAAAAUUAGUUCAGUAUAGAAGAAUAUUGAAACAUAACAUUACCAAACAAUUGCUCUGCGCCUGCCUUUGAAAAAAUGGCUACUAAUUUGAAAACUUGCUUAAGACUACUUAUAAUAGUCUUUUUAAUCAGCGCUAUAUCAACGAAUUCAGUUAGCCCCCAAAAAGAGUUUUAUGAGAAAUUGAACAAUUUCAGCGCUAACAUAUUCAAUGGUGUUCAUCUUGCAAAUAGAAAGAAAAGUUUCGUUAUAUCACCGUUUGCCGUUCACUCAUCUUUGACAAUGGCUCGCAUGGGGGCCAAUGGCCGAACUGCAGCCGAUAUGGAUAAACCUUUGGAGUUUCUUGAACAACCAUACGAAGGAGUUGUAGACAAUUUUCAUUCAUUAUUGGAAAAAUAUAAAACAACGAAUUUCCUUAACAUUUCCAAUAAACUCUAUAUAGCCAAUGGUCAUGAAGUGAAGGAGGAUUACCACAAAAUGGCCUCUCAGAAAUUUUUAACAGAUAUUGACAAUAUCGAUUUGUCAGUAAAGCGGAAGGCAGCAGCAACAAUGAAUACCUGGGCCAAAUCGGAAAGCAAUGGCCUAGAGGAUCUUGUAAAGGCUGAUGACUUGAGUAAUAAUUUUCCCUUAGUACAUCUCAGCACCGCCCAUUUUAAGGGAAACUGGAAACUGCCCUUUGCUCCUAAAGACAAUUAUAUAGAAGAAUUCUAUGUAAACAGUCAUCACUCUGUAAAUCUAACUAUGAUGUAUAGAGAUGGUCCAGCAGAGAUUUGCUCUAAUGGCAAUCUUGAUGCUCUUGGUCUACGUUUACAUUUCAAUAGCUCAGAUCUUUCAAUGAUGUUUCUUUUACCAAAUUCACGUAAUAAUUUACCCAGUCUAUUGGAGAACAUCAAAGGAUAUUCUUUGGAAUAUUUGGUAGGGCGAUUUAUUCCAUAUGAUCAUGUUCACAUAUAUCUGCCAAAGUUCAAGACUGAAUUCAACAUUGAAUUGAGUUAUGUUCUCAAAAAUAUGGGCAUGGAGAAAAUAUUUUCAAAUGGUGAUUUCAGCAAUACGAUCAAAGGCUCUGAGCCCUUGGCAAUGGGUAAGGUUUUCCAUAAGGCAGUUGUUGAAGUCGAUGAAGGUGGAACUGUUCCCGAAGGAUUACCAGAAAGAGACUAUUACUCCGACACAGGUUAUAUAUCCUUUUUUGCCACUCAUCCUUUUUACUACGUCAUCAUGAAUUCAGACUAUGUUCCCUUGUUGCAAGGCACGUUUGUUGGAGUAUCAAGCAUAUCGCCAAAGACCUAUAACUUGUGUUCUCAAGAGGUUAUACUAGUUCUUUAUUUUAUGGAAACUUUAACAAUUAAUGUUUAAUAAUGAUUAUUCGCAACUA